AUGUCGUCAGAAUACUCAGCUGCCUACCUGGCAGAGGAUCGCAGGCAGCUAGCAAUGGUUGGAAUUGUGGUUGUUACGGCACUUUCGUUCAUAGUUGUCAUGAUUCGUCUCUACGCGCGCAGAGUUUUGAUUCGUGAGCUAGGUUGGGACGACCUUUUCAUCCUACUUGCCCAGCUGACCAGCUGGGCCACUAUGGCACUUUGUAUGAUGCUCCUUCGCUACGGCUCUGGUCGACAUCUUGCCGCUCUUGUUAGCACCCCUGAGACACUCGUCAAGAUGUACAAAUGGCUUGUUACAACGCAGCUGGUCUAUAUGUUUAACUUGUGGCUUUGCCGUGUCUCGGGAUUAGCUUUCUACGCCCGAAUAAACCCAAUGCCACAGUUCAUCUUAUACCUUCGAGUGUCAUUUGCCUUCAUUAGCGCGGUCUACAUUGCACAGACGCUCAUCAUUGCUCUUCAAUGCAUUCCUCUGGCUGCUUUGUGGGGGGCCGUGGAGGGGAAAUGUAUGGGAUCGAAGAUAGUAUUUGUUUCAACUGGUGCUCUUACAAUUGCCUGUGACUCGUUGAUUCUUAUUUUACCCUUGAAGAUUGUUUUGUCUUUGCAAACGAAGUUAGCUAGAAAGCUUGCACUUUUGGGGAUUCUCUGUUUUGGUAUCUUUGCGGUUGUUACGUCGAUUCUCCGAAUGAUAUCGAUGAUUGUGUCGAUCGAGCAUGAGGACGAUAUAACAUGGUACUUCUCACCUGUCAUCGCCUGGACCUGUGCCGAAAUCAGUGCCGGGAUCAUCGCCCUUUCUCUCCCUGCACUCCGCUCUAUAUUUGGUUUCUUGAAGGAAAAACGCUCAACAAAGGAUCAGAGCUACUCGAAUGGCUCAAGGGGGAUUGGUCUGGAUUCGGUCUCUCGUAAGAGGCAACGCAUCUUUCAUGGACCUAAUGGGUAUGAAAAUACGACCGAGAUUGAUUGUGCGAGGAGCCCUAGUCAAGAAGCUCUUUGGGAUCGAAGAACUGAUCAGAAGAUUCGGGUUAUGGACACUGUUAAUGUGGAAAUUCAUGGAUAG